AUGGAUAUGGAAGAAGAUGAGGAUGAUCAUCCUUUUCCUUUCAUGCUAGAGCAUCAUAGUGGUGUAACGCCGAGAGAAGAAGAAAAUGUAGUUCCUUCGUCUUCAACAAAUGUACAACUCAGUUGGGAGGAUCAUUAUCUCAGUUGUGUGGAUUAUUUUAUUAAUAAAUAUCCUCAACUUUCAACAGCUUAUGCAUUUCAUUGUAAUCCUCAGGUGAGAAGUUCUUCUUCACCAAGAUUUCUGCAAGAUUCUUCGGAAACCCUUGCGUCUCGAAUGGAAUCACUCAACUUGUCCAAUCUUGGUUAUGAGACCAACCAAUACCAUGAAGCUUGUUUGCAGCGCGUGAGGAAUAUUGAGUCUGCCAACGCCACGGUUCCCACGCGCCAUCACCAUGGUCUUCGUCAUUAUACUCUUGAAACUCUUCGGGGAGGUUGGUUUUCAAUGGCAAAAGAUCCACGUGGAUCACGUGUAGUUCAGCAGAUGAUCGAGGAGGGCACACCCCAGGAUAACUUCCACAUGGUGAAUGAACUCCAGUAUCAUUUGCACGAGUUAAUAAAACAUUCUUAUGGAAGCUUCGUCAUUCUCAAGCUUUUUCAAUCACGAAAUAUCAGCGUUCACCAAAAGAACACUUUUAUCCACUUCAUUACCGCUGACCAGCCAAAGCUGAGAGAUUUGUGCAUCCAUGAUCUGGGAGGUCGGGUUAUUCAGCAGAUUCUUGAGGUUGAAGAUGUUCUCAUCGCGAUAGAUCAAAUUACACGUGCUAUGAGCAGUAUCACUGUUGCACUUAUGAAAAAUUAUAAUGGUGGUUAUGUUAUUCUACAGUGCCUGAAGGUUUUCCCACGUGAGCAUAAAAAUGCUAUUUUGGAUGUUGUAGCGCAGAACUGUCAUGAUAUUGCAGUAAAUAAAAACGGAUGCUGCAAUAUUCAAAAAAUUAUCCAUCACGAUGAUGUUCCAGCCUUCCGUUCUCUGACCCAGAAUCUAAUCUCAAAUGCUGAGGACUUGGCAAAAGAUCAAUACGGAAAUUAUGUGCUGCAGUUUUUGGUCAAAAAGAAGAUACCGGAAGUGAAUGCAAUGUUGGUAUCAGAACUUCGCUAUAAAUUUGUUGGUUUAUCUAUAGACAAGUAUGCCAGCAAUGUAGUGGAAGACCUUUUACACUAUUCGAGAACUGAGAUUGCUGCUAUUAUAGCGGAGGAGAUAAUGGAGAGCCCAAUCUUUCUUCAAGUUGUUCAGCAUCAAUACGGGAAUUACGUUGUUCAGAGAGCUUUGCAAUACACUAAGGGCUUUUUGCAUGAAAGUCUUUGUGCCAUCAUUUUAUCUAAUCAAGAAAGACUGAGUAGCUGUCUCCAUGGAAAAAUGGUUCUACAUGUUGCCCAAAAGAGCAAAAGGUUGAGAGGAUAGAAAAUAGCGUUUGAAUUGCUGUGUUUGGGUCGUUGUUUUGUUUAGUUUGAUUGAGUUUUAAUUAUGUUGGGAUGUUAUAUUUUAGAUGUUGUUGUGAAAAAAAAAGUGUUUGGCCAUCACUGUACUGAUGUUGCUCUAUGUAUUUGUUGGCCUUGUUUUCUAUUACUAUCAGUGUGUCUGUAGUUGUGUCUUUGCAGAGUGAAACAUCUAUGAGAGUGUUAUUCAUUCAACAAUUAUAUCUCA